AUGGCCAAAUUCCAAGAAAUUGAGAAAAACAACGAAUGGCAGGCGUAUCUGCCAUAUGGGAUUCACAUACAGUUCCAAGUCUCAAAGGAUUAUCGAGAUUAUCUUGAGGCGGCGCAAGAGCUCAAGAGAAUAUUCGACAAGAAGGUAGAUGCGAAGGUGAAAAAUGCAUUGGCGAACAAAAAGUACAAACCCAAAACUCUUGGUGUUGGAUGUGGUGCACACUUGAAAACCAAGCUUCCGACUUGCUACAUGUAUCUCGGCAUCAAAGCCGACACUUGUUCUAUUAAAAUAUAG